AUGAAACCUCAUCAACUUUCUGCAAAAUCUUUAUUAACCAUACAAGAAAAAAUCUAUCUAAAUGUACUUACAUAUAGGAUCAAUAAAAUAUCCCCUAAUUUUCUUAUGGCUUUAACUGAUAAUCAACUGAAUAAUUUUAUAUAUAGGACAUUUGCCACUCUCACAUCGAGAAGUAACAUGACAAAAGAAUAUAGUAAGGACAGUAGUAUAGUAGAUCCUGGGUUCGAGACCAGACAAGCACAAAGAAAUAAACCUACUGAUGAGAUGUAUCCAUUGGUACCUCAUUCAUCUUCCCCAGACUUACGGUUCAAAAGUAACAGCUAG